UUUCAAGAAACAAGAGAAGUCGGUAACGUAAUCCAUUCCCCCAUUUUUGUAAAACUUCUGUCUCUCUCUCUCUCUGAAACACUCUUUCUCUCUUCUGUUGAUUCCAACCACACUCACCCCUCAAUCUCUGUCUUCAAAUGCUUUGUGUUUCUUGCAACCCAAAACUCAGUUCAGACCAAAAGCUGUCGGCAUUUGAUUUGAACCAAACUCAAAACAAAGCUUUCAACUUUGGUCUUGUUGCUGUUGUUGUCUCUAAAUUAUAAAUCUUUGUAUUUUUCUGGGUGUGGGGAAAGAAAUGGGCUUUCCGGCUGGAAUUGUGAUCGCCGGAGCAAUUCUGAUGUCGGCAGCGGCGGUGCUGUGUGUUAGCUUCCCGUCGACACUUGUGCUGGAGAGGGCUUUUCCGGCUGACCACCGAGUUCCGCUGAGCCAACUCAGAGCUCGUGACCGAGUCAGGCAUGGCCGAAUGCUGCAGACUUCAAGCGGCAUCGCUAGUUUCCCGGUUGAGGGGACCUUCGAUCCGUUCCGAGUUGGGCUUUAUUAUACAAAACUGCAAUUGGGAUCUCCUCCAAGGGACUAUUAUGUGCAAAUUGAUACCGGAAGUGAUGUUCUAUGGGUCAGUUGUGGUUCCUGCAAUGGUUGUCCCGGAACAAGUGGACUCCCGAUUGAGCUCAAUUCGUUUGAUCCCAGAAGGUCGUCAACGUCACAGUUCAUUUCUUGUACGGAUAAACGAUGCAGUCUCGGGGUUCAGUCCUCCGAUUCUGGUUGUUCCACUCAGAAUAACCAGUGUUCGUACACAUUUCAGUAUGGAGAUGGCAGUGGGACAUCAGGCUAUUAUGUAUCGGACUUGUUGCACCUUCAGACCAUUCUCGAGGGUACUAUGACCCAAAAUUCUUCAGCUUCCAUCGUCUUUGGGUGUAGCACCAUGCAGACUGGAGACUUGACAAAGUCUGAUAGAGCAGUUGAUGGGAUCUUUGGGUUUGGCCAACAGGGUAUGUCUGUCAUCUCUCAAUUAGCUUCACAAGGAGUUGCACCAAAUGUCUUCUCCCAUUGCUUGAGAGGAGAUACUAGUGGUGGAGGUAUAUUAGUUAUUGGCGAGAUUGUGGAACCAAAUAUAGUCUACAGCCCACUUGUUCCAUCACAGCCUCAUUAUAAUUUAAAUCUUCAAAGCAUUUCUGUCAAUGGACAAGCGCUGCCUGUUGAUCCAACAGUUUUUGCCACAUCAAGCAACCGAGGAACAAUAGUUGAUUCUGGUACAACUUUGGCUUACCUUGCAGCAGAAGCUUAUGAUCCUUUUAUUAAUGCUAUCACUACCACUGUUUCACAAUCUGUGCGCCUUGAUACUUCAAACGGAAACCAGUGUUAUUUAGUCACCUCCAGCAUCAAUGAUAUAUUUCCCCAAGUGGCUUUAAACUUUGCUGGUGGUGCAUCUAUGAUUCUGAGACCUCAAGACUACCUUAUACAGCAGAGUUUUGUUGAUGGUACUCCAAGGUGGUGCAUUGGCUUCCAAAAAAUUCAAGGUUCAGGAAUCACGAUUUUAGGGGACCUUGUCCUAAAAGACAGAAUCUUUGUUUAUGAUUUGGGUGGUCAACGAAUUGGCUGGGCGAACUAUGACUGUUCAUUGUCUGUUAAUGUCUCUGCAACUAGUAGAACUGGCAAAAGUGAGUAUGUUAAUGCAGGACAACUAAGCGACAGUACAUCUCUACAAAAUAGUGCUCACCAGCUUAUACCAGUUUUGCUGAUCUUAUUAUACAUGCUAGGAAACUUCUUGUUUUUAUAGUAUUUCGUUCAAAACAUCAGCGGGGCUACCAUUCUUUUUCCUCGUUAUGUAUAUCUUGUUCUCUUGCUGAUUUGUAUUUGUAGAUACCAGCAAGACCAAGUGCUAUAGCUUUCAUAACCCCUUUUUGUUUGCUCAGUGUGUAAUAGGUUUUGUGGCUUUUAUUGUCAAAAGUUCUUUUUACCCC